CUGCGCAUGUCAGCCUUUCCGUCUCUGUCUCCCCCCUUUCCUCGUUGACAGUGGAAGCGUCCUCAGUGAUGGCGGCGGAGGAGGAGGGCGAGACCAAGGCCAAAGCAGGGAAUGGGACUGUUUUCAAGAGAAAGCACCCUAGGUUUCAUACCUGCGAGGUGAGCUUUGGGAGACAUCCUCAGCCUCGCCAAAAGAACUGACCGCAGCCCGUCCUUAGUGUGGUCGAUGCUCGCAGAACCCAAGGCCGGUCUCAUCCUCCAAGAUGGCCACCGGCGGCCCGAGUCCAGACUGUCCCCUCCCGGAUCCGAGCCUUGCCACUUCGGCUCUGCUCCCGGAAGAGAAGCAGCCCAGGAGCAAAGGCCUCCAGCUGGGCUCCCUCUUCCACGGCCGGAGCGAGAGGUUUGUCUUGGCCCGGAGCGACAGCGUGCCCGAGGAGAACGUCCUGAAGAUCACCAUCACCGAGACCACUGUCAUUGAGUCCGAUCUGGGCAUCUGGAACUCCCAUGCGCUCGUCUACCUCACCUUGUGGUUCUUCUUCAGCUUUUGCACACUGUUCCUGAACAAGUACAUUCUGUCGCUACUGGAGGGGGAGCCAAGCAUGCUGGGUGCCGUCCAGAUGCUCUCCACCACGUUCAUUGGCUGUGUCAAGAUGUUUGUCCCCUGCUGCCUGUACCAGCACAAGGCCCGCCUCUCGUACCCGCCCAACUUCAUCAUGAUCAUGCUGUUUGUGGGACUGAUGAGGUUUGCCACGGUUGUCUUGGGCCUGGUUAGUCUGAAGAACGUGGCCGUGUCCUUCGCGGAGACGGUGAAAAGCUCGGCCCCCAUCUUCACGGUGAUCAUGUCCCGCAUGAUAUUGGGGGAAUACACUGGUCUGUUGGUGAACCUCUCCCUCCUUCCCGUUAUGGGAGGCCUUGCUCUCUGCACUGCGACCGAGCUCAGCUUCAAUGUCCUGGGCUUUUCUGCAGCUUUGUCAACUAACAUCAUGGACUGCUUGCAGAACGUGUUCUCCAAAAAACUGCUCAGUGGAGACAAGUACCGUUUCUCCGCACCAGAACUGCAGUUCUAUACGAGCGCUGCCGCUGUCAUCAUGCUGAUUCCAGCUUGGAUCUUUUUCAUGGAUGUGCCAGUGAUUGGGAAGAGCGGGAGGAGCUUCCAGUACAACCAGGACAUUGUUGUGCUGCUCCUCAUCGACGGCGUGCUUUUCCAUCUGCAAAGCGUCACGGCCUACGCCUUGAUGGGCAAGAUUUCUCCCGUGACGUUCAGCGUCGCCAGCACCGUCAAGCACGCUCUGUCCAUCUGGCUCAGCAUCAUUGUGUUUGGCAACAAAAUCACCAGCCUCUCGGCCAUCGGAACGGUGCUAGUGACAGUGGGGGUCCUGCUCUAUAACAAAGCCAAGCAGCACCAGCAGGCCACCAUCCAGAGCUUAGCGGCCGCCUCCUCCCCACUCUCCCCGCAGAUGGCCAGCAAAGACACGGAGCCGCUCAUUCCAACAGAUUUAAAGCCGUUCAAAUGAGUCGGCCCUUGGAGGAUUUUUCGCCGUGAAUGUUUUGUUUUCCGGAAGUGCUUCCUCUGGGAACUAGGAGAGCCAGGACCCCAACGCACGGCAGGCUUUGCCAUCCAGCAAAGAGCACUUUUGACAAAUGUUGAUGGUGCUCGCCUCCACGGGGCCCAGAAACCGUAGCAAGAGGAUCACUGUCCGACCAGCAAAAGGGAAGCGUAACCACUAGUGUGUCCCAUUUGCUGCAAGACUCAGACAAAUCGCCUCUAGGCAUGGAUACCACUGCCUUUCCCUAUACCGAGCCCUUCUCGAAGAGUUGCAAUCCUGUGCACCGACCACUUGAAAUGGUAAACGCAAUACAAUGCAAUAUGCUUCUGAUCUGAAUCGCGCAACGGGUUCUUAGGACAGGAUUGGGAUUUUGCAAAAUGAUAUUUUGCAAAAGGAAUAGCGGCCGUUUUGCGAUUGCAGUUUCCUGCAAGGAAGCAAUAAACGAGGCUUUGGAAGUGUAUGAAGCCCGUUCCCAGAAGAGUCCCUCUUUCAGACGUUUCAGUAUGGCAGCCCUCUGUCCUCUUCUCUCUUACACCUGAUCGUACGAGGGUUGAAUGAAAAGUAAUGCCUCCACCUUUGUUACUUGGGUUUGGAUGAAAAUAUUUUAAUAAAUCAAAUGCAGAAAUAAUUGUCGAAGGCUUUCAUGGCUGGAAUUGUUGUAGGUUUCUUCAGGCUAUGUGGCCAUGUUAUAGAGGCACUCUCUCCUGACGUUUCGCCUGCAUCUAUGGCAAGCAUCCUCAGAGGUAGUGAGGUCUGUUGGAAGCAGAAAAAAUGCAUUUAUAUAUCUGUGGAAUGACCAGAGUGAGACAAAGGAGUUUUUUCUGUUGGGGCUAGGUGUGAAUGUUUCAGCUGAUCACCUUGAUCACCUUGAAAUCCACAAGCAUGUGGACAAUUUCAACAGAAAGGGAGAAACCAUGAAAAUGAACAAAAUCUACCAGUAUUAAAAAACUCAAAAAUUACAACAGCAAAACAACAGAGGGGAAACAAACAGGCACAUAAAAUCACUCUCAGCAAAAGAUUCCCCCCAGGUACUUCCAAGCCAUUGAACGCUAAUCAAGGUGAUCAGCUGAAAAACCUACAACAACCCAGUGGAGGCAUUCCUUUUCACUUUAACCUCACAGCCGUUCAAUGCUAAGGCUUCCCGCCAAAAUGGAACUGUAGAGGAGAGUCUACGGAACAAGCCAGUACCUGCUGCAUACCAGUACGGCCAUCUGUUGAGGAGUUACCAAGGUGGAGGCAUUACUUUUCACUUUAACAACACAGCCAUUCAAUGGUAAGGCUUCCUGCCACAAUGGAACUGUAGAGGAGAGUCUACUGAACAAGCCAGUACCAGCUGCUUACCAGUACUUCCACCUGUUGAGGAGUUACGAAGGUGGAGGCAUUACUUUUCAUUCAACCCUCGUACUAAUGGGCCAUCUAAUGCAGGCAAGGGAAAACAAGCUUACCCUUACGGCCCCAAAAGAAGAACUCGUCAGCAUCACCAACAUAAAUUUGGUGCAAAAUAUUUGACCCGAAUUGGCUGAAGUACGUCAUCCAGCUUUGUUUUGAAGCCGUCCAGAGGGACUUGCGCUUCUAGGUGGAUACUGGGUCCUCGAGGCACUAUGUCUUUCCUAUUCAUGUCUUCUUGCUGCAAGUAUCGCUAUCCACAGCUGUUGCAGGCAACUACAUAACCCACUCGCCAUCCAUUCCAGCAGGAUUAAGUUGUAAACAGAACAGGGAUUUGGGUCUUCCCUGCCAAAGACCGUUUUGUUUUGUCCUGUGCGUUUAGUUCCUCGAAAGUCGAGCUCCGAGAACUUGUUCCGUAGCUAAAUAGAGAGAGCUAGUUGCUGCUCGUUCCUUCCUCCAACUAGUAUUUGGCCCUAUUGGCAAACCACUUUCUCUGGAAACCACCCCAGAGAGCUACCAGAAGGUUGGGUUGCUGUGAGUUUUCCGGGCUGUAUGGCCAUGUUCCAGAAGCACCUUCCACAGAUAUAUAAAUUCAACUUGUUUAGUUUCCAACCUCACAACCUCUGAAGAUGCCUGCCAUAGAUGUGGGCAAAACUUCAGGAGAGAAUGCUUCUAGAACAUGGCCAUGCAGCCCGGAAAACUCUCAACCCAAUGAUUCUGGCUGUGAAAGCCUUCGACAAUAUGCCAGAAGGUUGUGUGCUAUCCACUUACUCCCGACCCCGUUUCUGCCUUUUGGUGGAUUUGGUGCCCCGAAAGGCAGGUAGUUGUUAACUUUGUUGUUGUUGUUGUUGUUGUUUUUCUACAAAAGCAAAGUUGAGAUUUUUUUUCCGGUCUACCACAAUAAUAAAAUUGGGCUACUUCCAGAUGUAGUUGUGGCAAUCUGAA